GCCGGGCUGGCGAGCGGGGCCCAGGGCUCAGCGAUGAGGAAGCAGAGCGUGCGCACCGCCGCGCUCAUCCUGUGCAUCCUGUCCUACCUGCUGGUGGGCGCCGCCGUCUUCGACGCGCUCGAGUCCGAAGCGGAGAGCGGCCGCAAGCGGCUGCUGGCCCAGAAGCGGAGCGAGUUGCGGAGGAAGUACGGCUUCUCGACCGAGGAUUACCGCGAGCUGGAGCGCCUGGCGCUGCAAGCCGAGCCGCACCGCGCCGGCCGCCAGUGGAAGUUCGCCGGCUCCUUCUACUUCGCUAUCACCGUCAUCACCACCAUCGGGUACGGUCACGCCGCGCCGGGCACGGACUCGGGCAAGGUCUUCUGCAUGUUCUAUGCGCUCCUGGGCAUCCCCCUGACGCUGGUCACCUUCCAGAGCCUGGGAGAGCGGCUGAACGCGCUGGUGCGGCGCCUCCUGCUGGCGGCCAAGCGCUGCCUGGGCCUGCGGGGGCCGCACGUGUCCACCGAGAACAUGGUGGUGGCCGGGCUGCUGGUGUGCGCGGCCACCCUGGCCCUCGGGGCCGCCGCCUUCGCGCAUUUCGAGGGCUGGACCUUCUUCCACGCCUACUACUACUGCUUCAUCACCCUCACCACCAUCGGCUUCGGCGACUUCGUGGCGCUGCAGAACGACGAGGCGCUGCAGAGGAAGCCGCCCUACGUGGCCUUCAGCUUCCUCUACAUCCUCCUGGGGCUCACGGUCAUCGGCGCUUUCCUCAACCUGGUGGUCCUGCGCUUCCUGGCGGCCAGCGCGGACGCGCCCGAGCGUGCUGCCCGCCCGCUCCGCCGGGGGUCGCCCGAGAGCCGCCGCCCCGCCCUGCCCCGCCGCCCCGCCCACCCCGCCGGCUCCACCUCCAUCUCCUACCGCAUCCACCAGCUGGAGUUGUGGGCCCGCGACAAUCCGGGCUUCUCGCCCCCCGCGAGCCCUGGGGCUGGAGGCGGCGGCGGCAGGGCAGGCAGGCCCCUGACCCGGCGGAAGUCCAUCUGACAGCCCUACCCUGGCUGGGGGUCGAUCCUAGAGCCCGAGGGUCUGGAUUCACCUGUCAGUACACCCUCCCCAGAGCUCGGAGAGGGGUGAGGGGCCGUGGCCUCAAUGCCG